AUGCCUUCGGAUCUCACCCCGACCGACGUGCAAUCCGAACUCAUCCGAGAAGAACAGCUCGACCUCGUCGAUCCACUACGACACUUUCUCGCCAUGAACGACGAACCCUCCCCCCCACCCACCUCCAGCGAUGUUCGAGACCUUCCCAGCAGCACCGACUACAGCAUCGUCCCCCAGCAGAUCGAGAGCAUCAUCGAUCGUCGGACCACCAUCCGCUACUACCAAGACCUCUCGCGGAAACCUGUCCUCAUCGAUGAACAGCACCCUGCACCGGAUGGCGAUGCGGGGAAGGAGUGGUGGGACGUACAUCUGAAGCUGGACAUGACGACGGGCUGUGGUGGGAAGAUAUGGCCUGCGGCGGAGGUGCUGGGGGCAUACAUUGCUGGGAAAUACUCUUCUCCGCCAUUACCCGGCUCAGCGGAGGGGAAAGCGACCGUCAACGCUGGGUUCAACAAUCACAACUUCGACUGGCGCAACAAACGCAUCGUCGAACUGGGCUCCGGCACCGGCCUCGUCGGCUUCCUAGUCCACGCCCUCCACCUCUCGAAUUGCACUAUAUCCGUCACCGAUCAGGACGUAAUGCUUCCCCUCAUGCGCGACAACCUCCAACUCAAUUUUCCUUCUUCAACCGAUUCGAUCUCCGUCGACGAACUCAACUGGGGCACCCGCUUACCACCCAUUUUCCGCGAGCCGCUCCCGGAUGUCCUGCUCCUAGCUGAUUGCGUCUACCUCGAAAGCGCGUUCCAGCCGUUGAUCGAUACAAUGCUCGACCUGUCGACGAGGGAGACAGAGAUCCUGUUCUGCUAUCAGAAGAGGAGGAAGGCGGACAAGCGGUUUUUCGGUCUGCUGAAGAAGAACUUUGUGUUCGAGGAUGUCAAGGAUGACGAUGAGGUGAGGUGUAGGGAGUACCAGAGACAGGGGACGCAGUUGUUGCGGAUUAGGAGGAAGUGA